CGGUCGUAUCUUCGAAAGCACCAUGAAAAUCAGCGAAGUGCUGAAGACUGGCGUCAUGAGCGGGUGGUUCAACCCUGUCAACGUUAGCCCGGUCCCUAGAGAAGCGAGUCUCGGACUAUGGUACGACUUCAGGAGUAGGCACCAGAGUCGCAGCCGUCGCGACAGCUCUGCUAGUAGCCAGAGUUAUGCCAGCGGCAGGAGUCUCAAGGACGCUCUAAUGGGUUGGAACGAUAAAGCGCGGUCAACGUUUGACCCGGCGAUCAUGGAGAAUGUCUAUAAAGAUGUAAAUCCAACAAGUCCCGCAACGGACUCUGAUCGCGAUCAAAACGUUCUGUGCACGGUCGAGUUCGGACUAGUCUGCAUAAGAAGAGACAGCAACGGGACAGAUGCGAACGGUAGCAAAUCCCCUCAACAUGAGGAUCGGAAAGGCGAGGAGUCGAUGUCCUGCACAUGGCUGGUAAAGCCGAAGGUGCUGCUGGAAAGCGUGCGGGACAUAUUAUGACCGGGGCACGCGGCGUAAUCGAGAUGGUUGGACAUUCCGGUUGCCCUCCGUGUGCCCGCCCUGCCCGUCCUCUCCAACAACAAAAUUCUACCUGCAUAUGUUGCAAACACGCAGCAGGAAUUUCUUGCAGAUUGCUCUUGUUUUGGUCAAAUGUGCUUUCGUAUUGCUCUUCUCUGCUGUAACUCGCAAUAAUCUUGUGUCAUACAAUUCCUGUGCUUGGGUUCGUGACAGGGACGGUGUACCUUGCCU